AUGCCGGCUCAAAAGAGAACGCGUGUAGUUAAGAAACCAGUGGAAAAGAAACCUACUCAAAAAACUCAUCUCGUCCGGGAUCAGAGAAUGAUAACAAGUCACAUUAUUGGUUUUUUUGGUUUUCUCGAAGAGGUCAAGCAUGUAGAAGCAGACGAUGAUUUCAGAUUGUGGAAAUUAUUGAACAGUUCUGAUGAAGAGCUCAAGAAAGCGGCAAAGAUGAUUAAGAAAAAAAGAACUAAAGUUGAGGAAACCGACAAUCAAAGGUUUGAGGCUACAGCACGAGAUUUGAAUUCUUCCAUCAGUGCUGAAGCUCAUAAAAAUUUGGAUGAUCAUCAAUCUGAGAUGAACAAGUUGAAUGGAAAGAUAAAGACGUGGAUCGAAACAGAAGACGAAUCGAAUGAAGAGAGAGUUUUUCAAAGACUUUUAAUGAGAAAUUACGAGCCUCAGAUCAAGCAACUUUCGACAAACAUCCAAGCUUUGUCGAAUAUGAGUGAGGUUGAUAACAAUUGGGAAGAGACUGCUCAAGACCUUCUCAAGGAUGUCGAAGCCCGCCCCUCGUUACUCAAGGAUGUUAGUGAAUCACUUACCAACGAAGCAAAAAAGUCGUGUAGAUUACACCUUCAAAAUCUUAAAACGUCUGAUGGCAAGAUUUUUGAAAACGAUAGUUACGAUCAGAUGGAAAAGCUUUUGCACAAAAAUAUGAGUCUUUGGUUUUAG